GUUAUUAUCUGUUUAAGAGCUGUACUGGCUGCCGAAAGCACAACAAAUAUAUGAACUUAAAUGUCUUACAUUUUUUUGUUCAUUUGACACACUUUAAUAAUCUUCAAAUUCAAGCUUAAAAUAUCAUUUCCCAGAUUCCCAACCAUUACUCAAAUACUCUUGAUUUCUUCAUCCAAGAAUAUCCAAGCCAUAAUGGAUUUUGAUUUCCUCCUUCCCUACCUAAACAGUAACAUUGCAGGAGUCUUUGCUAUACUGCUCUCCUUUUUCCUGGUAAUUAGCCGGUCUAGAAAGUCUUUGAAGGAUCGGAAACCACCAGAAGCUGCCGGUGGAUGGCCUUUAAUCGGUCAUCUCCAUGUUCUAGCAGGAUCCAAGCUUCCAUACUUGGCACUGGGAGAGUUAGCCGAUAAGUAUGGACCGAUAUUUUCCAUCCGGAUCGGGUUACACCCAGCUGUGGUGGUCACCAGUUCGGAGCUGGCCAAGGAAAUUUUUAUCAAAUAUGAUGUAGUAGUGUCCUCACGGCCCAAACUUACUGUCGGCAAGCUCCUGGGCCAUAACUAUGCCAACUUUGGUUUCUGCCCUUAUGGUGCAUACUGGCGUGAAAUGCGCAAAAUAACAGCCUUGGAGCUUAUGUCAAACCGGAGGCUUGAGCUUUUGAAACACAUUAGAGCCUCUGAAGUGGAAAGCUCGGUGAAAGAGCUGUACGAGCUAUGGGCGAAGAAGAAAGUUGAGUCAACCCAUGUUUUGGUUGAGAUGAAACAAUGGGUCGGGAACUUAAACCUGAACGUGAUUCUUAGGAUGAUUGCAGGGAAGAGGUUUUUUGGUGCUGUUGUGGCUAGCGAUGAGAAAGAGGCAGGGAGUUGCAGGAAGGCCAUGAGGGAAUUUUUUCAUUUCUCAGGGUUGUUUGUAGUAAGGGAUGCGAUCCCUUUCCUUGGGUGGUUAGACUUGGGCGGCCAUGAGAAGGCCGUGAAGAAAACUGCAAAGGGAUUGGAUAGUAUCAUGGAAGAAUGGUUAGAGGAGCAUCGCAUGAAAAAGGAAUCUGUUGGCGAGGAGGAUAAGGGAGAUCAUGACUUCAUUGAUGUGCUGCUCUCUGUUCUUCAGGGUUUGGACCUCUCAGGAUAUGAUGUUGAUACUGUCAUUAAAGCAACCGCCCUGACAUUGCUUGUAGGGGGCACAGAUACCGUAACAGUGACGAUAACUUGGACACUUGCACUAUUGCUGAAUAACCGCCAUGCUUUGGAAAAGGCUCAAGAGGAAUUGGACACACAGAUUGGCAAGGGAAGACUAGUAAAUGAAUCGGAUAUCAAUAAGCUGGUGUAUCUCCAAGCCAUUGUGAAGGAAUCAUUACGCUUGUACCCUGCUGGACCACUGGCUGGUGCACGCGAAUUCGAUGAAGACUGCACCGUGGGUGGCUACUUCGUGCCUAGAGGCACCCGAUUGAUAGUAAACAUUUGGAAGCUACAAAGGGAUCCAGGAGUAUGGUCCGAUUCCUUAGAGUUCAAGCCUGAGAGGUUUCUGACCAGCCACCAGGACAUUGAUGUUAAGGGUCAGCAUUUCGAGUUCAUUCCAUUUGGUGCAGGUAGAAGGUUGUGCCCAGGGAUAAGCUUUGGCCCGCAAAUGACACAGCUGGUCCUGGACACCUUCCUCCAUGGGUUCCACAUCUUGACUCCAGCAAAUGGAACUGUUGACAUGACUGGGAGUCCAGGUCUAACAAACAUCAAAGCCACCCCACUUGAAAUUCUCCUCAAGCCACGCUUAUCUCCUAGUCUUUAUUAAUAAUCAUCUUCAAGUGGAAUACAGGGCUUUUUAUUUCUUUACGACAUGACAGCAAUCAACGGAAGGCCUGUUUUCAUAGAAUAAGCUGCUAAUCAGAGUCCCACAGUUCCUCUGUCCUUUGAAAUACCAUUUUGUAUGAUUUUUUUUUUAAUUACCAUACUUAAAAAUCUUUUUGAUUGAA